CAAAAUGUGAUUCUGAAGGUUCCUAGAGUUGCAGAGCCAUGGAUUGAAAUUUUGGUCAGCCAGACGUGUGCCUUGAAGAAGAUCUUUGAGAGGCUGGCAGGAGGCCGUUGAUAUGUGAGAUGAUGUGCUUGUUCAAGCCCAAUACCUACGAUCCAAAGGACUGGCAAUGUCCCAAGCCCAGCUGCAGGACCGUGAAUUUCAAAAAGAGGCAGACCUGCAUUUCCUGUGGUGCUCGAAAGCCAGAAGGAACGAACAGGCCUUUGGAUGAUUGGCGUGAUGGUGAAAAGUUGGAGGCCAUUGCUCUUGGAUUGCGGGCCAUUGCUCUUAGGCCAUUGGUUUUUUGGCUGGAAGCCAUUGCUCUUAGGAUCAGCAUGGGGCCAUGGAGCUGUUCUGAGUGCCUUAGCAAGAACGAAGGCGGAGCGAUGUAUUGCAUGCAGUGCAAGCAACCAUCUCCGGAAAUGAAGAGAGCUAUUGAGGAAGAGAAGCAACAGAGAGCAGCGGAUGAAGGAAGAGGUGGUGGCUUAUUUGACCGGCAGGACCCAAAUGACCGGAAUGCAUGGGAUAGUGAUGAUGAAGAGGUGGAUGAGUUUGGAAGACGGAAAAAAAGUAACAGAGCUGUGAAGAGUCGAGGCACGGGUCAGCCGAAGGGGCAGGCUAAGACCGACAAGCACAAGGCAGCCCUAGAAAGAUUGAGGAGCAAACAUGCGAAUGGCCGAGAGGGCAUACGCUCUCGCAGCCGCAGCUGAUGCAAAAUACUUGCUUUUUGAAUA